UUUGAAAAAUGGCAGGGAAAGGUAGCACUGGUUAGCGGGGCAUCGUCCGGCAUUGGCUGGGCAACGUGCGAAGCUCUAGCUCUCGCAGGCAAGGUGGUCGCUGUCGCACGGAGGAAGGACCGGCUUGAGGAGUUGCAACGGCACAUGCACGCGAUGGGGGUGCCACUUGUGAAUUUCUUGCCGGUCGUCUGCGACAUUACCAAGGAGGCGGAAGUUGCUACGCUGCCAAAGAUUGUGGCUAAACGUUGGCCCGAAUGCGGCGUGGAUGUGUUGAUUAAUAAUGCUGGCAUGAGCCGCAACGAUGCUUCUCUCUUCGAUGGCAACAUUGGCAGCUGGGUGGAGAUGCUGAGUACCAAUGUGCUCGGCACAUGCAUGAUGACGCGUGCGGUUGUCCAGGACAUGAAGCGGCGCGGCACGUAUGGCCACAUCAUCAACAUGAUUGGCCUGAGUGGGCAUCGCAUUCCAGACGGGCCUCAGGGCGGCGGGUUUUACGCCGCGACAAAGUCUGCUGUUAAGACCAUAACGGAAGGUCUCCGCCAGGAGGCCCGUGGCGCGGGUUUGCCCUUGCGCGUGUCGGGCAUCUCUCCUGGCGUGGUGGAGACGGAGUUCUUCGCAGUCCGGGCUUUCGGCGACGCAGAGGCGACAAGGAAGGCGACGUCUGCGUUCAAAUGCUUGCAGCCUGUGGAUGUUGCCGACGCUGUGAUGUGGUGCCUAAGCUGCCCGGAUCACAUGGAGGUGAACGAUAUCAUCGUACGCCCAACCGAGCAGCUGAUUUGACAACACGACGGGGACUGACGGACUCUGCGCUGCGUGUUCACAAUGAAGGUUUUACUUCUGGUUUGCGCUGUCACAAUCGUGCGUUUGAAGUGACAGAUGGCGGGUGUAGAUUUUGUGCGUCGCUCGACACUUAUCUACGCGCAUUUAAUGCUGCAUAUGCUGCUGUGUAACUGAGAAUGACAUAAGAUUUGAGGCACCGUAGGGCGAUCUCGGUGGGCGAGGGCCGUAUGAGCCAACCAUGAACCAUGUUUUACCGAUCUGUUGUCGUGCAAUGGUAGUGCACACCUCCUGGAACGUGAGGACGACCGAUGACAACGAUUAUGGUGCUGUAUGGGGUUAGGAAUAAGUGUGAUAUGCAGGAGGCGGUCAUUGCCAUUAGGAUACAUGGAGUGUAGCCAAAACCCGACGUAGAGCACGGAUUGUAUCUUGCCGGCGCUCUUUGCGAGACGUGGCCUAAGAGAGACCUUGUGAAGAGCUUGUUCACAUCUUAACACGAACUUAUGACAAGCCACGAUUUAUGGCUCCGCCGUUCUGUUCAGGCUGGGAGUAUCCGACAUUUGCCGUCAUGUGUUAGGGAGAGAAGUGAAGGAGGUUGAUUCCUUUUGUGUGCUACGGACCAUGUUUUACAGACGCUUAGGCAAGACUUCUUUCGAUUGCCGGUGGACGGAUAUGAGUGUACGUGUCUGUGACCCAUCAAUAGUCCACAUUUAACCACAAACAGCCAAGGUGCAAGGUGACCACCAUGCCCAAAAGAUUUCCAUUCCUGACUGACAUUUGACCACCCUAACGAUCGUUGUUUCAUAGGCCUUAUGAUGAGCCCGAUAAUCUCUCCAAGCUUGUUUUCUAGAGUGGUGAUUGCAUACAUUCUACAAUUACCGUUUGUUGACAGCUUCAACGUAAGAUCACAUCCAUAACGCAAACGAGGUGAAGACCGGAAAGCUCAAUUUGGCGCAAGACACCUCCAAAAUUAUCUCAAAAAAAUAGCGCAAGCCACCUUCCAAAUUAUCUCCAAAUCGGUUUAUAUCGUUGCACGCAGCAACGAUAUAAACCGAUUUAUCCAUCCAGGAGUUGCGGCCUGUCCUUUACUACGCAUGAUAGCCAUGCAUACUCAGCUCGAUCCUGUUCGCCUCCGAGCGCAGGAAAACCAGCAGUAUCUGCGCCCAUAGAGCAUCCGAUUAUGAGACACGCUUGGGGCAACAAGGCGAGCAAACGCGCUAAAACACCGUCAACCGUUCCCCGCGAGACUCCUCGUGCAAAGUAAGGAUAACCCAUUUGCCGUUGCUGCAGACAUGCCAUACUCUCUGGUUCGAUUCCUUCCACUACCCGCGAGCGCGCAAGAUGAUACGAACAUGGGGAACGCGAUAAGAUUUGAAAGAACAAACUAUGCUAGCACCCGGCCGAAAGUCGAUGGCCGGUGCCGCAGCAAACACCUAUUAACGCACAGAGCGACAAACGAGGCCUGCUUGUGAAGCGAAUGCAUGGGUGACGAGCAUCUGUAAGCGUUGCUUUUUACUCCAUGGAGGCCCCCAGAUGGGACGGAUGGGAUAAAGUUGCCACACAGCGUCGAAAUCAAGCGCCCAGCGGAUCGCACCGCGCGCAUACACUCCAAACAGGUGAUCAUACCACAUGAGGUGCAACACAAACCGUACCUGCUCUAAAGUGAAUUAAAAGCUCAAUACAAAACAACCAGCAUGAAAGCA